UUAUUUAUUUAUUUAUUUUUUUAUCUUGAAAAUAGGAUUGUUGCUUUAAUCUUGACAUUUUCUUUUUUACCGAGACCUAAUAAACUAAAUUUGCUUCAAAAGGGAAGAAUUAGCAGCAACGUUGCAGCCAAAACACUCGGUCUCUUUCUUCUUAAGCGCGGGUUUUUCAUCUUAUUCUUCCUCUCUUUAAAUGGCACUUCUGCACAAAUGAGUCUAGCAUUGUCAUGGCGGCAUCUCUCAAAUUAAAGCCCUCCUUUCGUAGACUCAAAUGCCUUUUUCCACCACUGAGGUUUUGUCACACUAUCACUGAAAAGGGUUCAGAAGCUGAGUUUUUUGAAGAGUUGGGUCCUAAAAAAAUGGUUGCCUCUGAUGUUGACACUUCAAAAUGGAAAAAGAUGGAUGCAAGGGAACUAGGAUUAUCAUUGUCGAUGAUACCAUAUGGAUCAAGGACUGUUGUUAAGAUUCUACAAAGUGAAGGUCAUGAUGCUUACUUUGUUGGUGGAUGUGUUAGAGAUUUACUACUGAACAAAAUCCCCAAAGAUUUUGAUGUGGUCACAUCAGCAAAACUCCGAGAGAUCAAGAAAAAAUUUGAUCGUGCUUUUAUAGUGGGCCGAAGGUUUCCAAUAUGUAAGGUUCAUGUCAGAGGUUCUGAAGUUGAGGUAUCUAGUUUUGAAACAGUGACAAGCCAUGAUGGAGAGAAAGAAGAAGCUCAUCUGCCUGAGAUGCCAAAAGGUUAUGAUGAAAAGGAUCUCAUGCGCUGGAGAAAUUCCUUGCACCGAGAUUUUACCAUCAACAGUUUGUUCUAUGAUCCAUUUGCGCAAAAAGUUUAUGAUUAUACCAACGGAAUGACAGAUUUGUUGUCCAUGAAGCUACGGACUCUAGCCCCUGCUCAAUCUUCAUUCCAAGCAGAUUGCGCAAGAAUUUUGCGGGGACUAAGAAUUGCUGCUCGUUUAGGUUUCUUGUUUACAAAAGAAACAGAGAAAGCAAUACAAAACCUCUAUCUUUCUGUUAAAACCUUGGAUAAGGCCAGGUUAAUGAUGGAGAUGAAUUAUAUGCUGUCAUAUGGUGCUUCUCAGUCUUCCUUCCUUCUUCUUCAGAAGUUUAAACUUCUUGGGAUUUUCCUUCCAUUUCAUGCUGCUUACCUUGCUGAUCAAUCUCCUGGACAAACUCCUGUAAUGUUGAUGAAAUUGUUCUCUAAUCUGGAUAACGUGAUUUCAUGUGACCAACCCUGUGAUUCUGUCCUGUGGGUAAGCUUGCUGGUUUUCCACCUUGCAUUGGUCAAUAAUCCUCAAGAAGCUUUUGUAGUUUGGACCUUCUCAUCUCUUCUGUACCAUGGCACAUGGGAUGAAGGUGUAAAAGCUGCCAGAGAACUUUCUGAAGGGCAUGUUAACUUUACGCCAGAGAUCUUUAAUUUUUUUGAUGAUGUGGCAGAAGAGGAACUUGCGGAAAGAGUUUCUGAAUUUGCUUCAAUUGUGCUUGACUCUAUUGGUGCUUUGACUGAUUCCAAAAUUCUUCGUAAAAUCAUGGCUCGCCGCUACCCAUCAUCUCCAUGUCCUGCUGCGGUAUUUAUAUCAAAGAAGGCUGGUAAAGCAGCAACUGCAAUUUUUGACGUGCUGGAGGGCAACAUUAAGUAUCUAAAGAAGAAAAGGCAUUGCUAUGGCAUUGAUUACGAAUUGCUUGGGAAGGGGGACAUAGCAGAGACCAGAUUUGUUCUUGGUAAAGUUAUUAUGGAUACAAUGAGGGGUGGGAUUACCAACUCCAGAACCAAGCUCCUUUCAGAGAAGAAAGAUGGCUUCCAUAAAUCUAAAGUAAAAGUUGAGCAAAUGGAGCUAGGGAGGCCAAAUUCAAAGGAUCCCAAACAUGAGACACAAAUUUGCAAGGGCAAGUCAAAGCGCAAUACAGAUGGUCCUGAUGAUCAACUGCACCAACAAAGUACUAAGAAACUGAAGCAGAGCAAGAGCACAGAUGCUCCACAGGAGCUUGUUAAUAAACAGUUGGAUGAAAUUUUAAGCUGCCAAAGUAUAGCAAAACGAAAGCAGCAGCAUAAGAAAGAGGUGGUGAAAGAUGUCAACAAUUUUCUUUCACUGCCGAAAGACAUGCCACAGCAAGAUUCUAAGCUGGAAAUUAGACAGCACAAAGAAGCCGAGAUUCCAAAGGAGAUCCCUGUCAUGCUAAAAAAAGUACCCACGAUGGAAAAACAGCUCCAAACACUGGAUCCAAACGAGAUACUUCAUGUUCUAGAGACUUUUCCCACAACAGAGAAACAACAGGAUGCUGUGGUUCCUGAAGAGAUGCUGGAUGUGCUAGAAGAUGCAUCCAGUAUAUUAAAACAGCACAAAACUCAGGCUUCUGUCAACGUGUUGAAUGUAUUAAAUCUCUCUAACCUUUUCGAAGGAGAUGAGGAUCCUAGCAAGCCUUACCGUAAACCAAAAAAGCAGCCAGCUGCAGGAAAGCAAUGUCAAAAUGGGUCUAACAAGAAAAAGAGAAUACCGAAACUGUCGAGCAUUUUUAAGUGAGUUGACAUGCUCUAUGAUCGAUCACCAACGCUUCAGAGCUCAAGAGUUUAUAUCACGAUACAGGGCAAUGCAGGCUUUGAGGAAGGCCACCUUGCAAUUCCAAUUUCUAGUUCAGUCCGUGUCUUCAGCCUGUUGCUAUGCGAAGGGGAAAUAGAAAUCAAGCUGCAUCUCUUAGUUUUUAUUUAUACACAAAGAUGUAUAAAUUAGUUUUAGUUAUGGUAGGAAAUGAGUUAGAGUUAACGGAAUCAAGCAACGGAGAUAGGUGAAUAGUGCAUCAGCCUAAAAUCAUUUCGGUGCCUUGAUAUAGAUGAAACAUGUACCAAGUAAAUGGUGCAAUGUAAACCAUUAAGGCACAUGUGAAAAUUAGUUUGUGGAAAAUUAUAAAGAUACGUUAUAUUUGCUUUUCA